UAAAAGCCACUUCUUUCAUCUUGUAGAGUUCAGUUAUUUCAAUUGCUUGCUUUUCAUUUUUGUUAGUUUAAUGAUUAGCUAAGUUUUCCGAGCUAACUAACCAUUUCUAUGCAUUUUAAGUAAUUCUCAAAUAUUAAUUAUUGGUCUUAAGUAUUUUUUUUUUCUUCUCUUGGCAAAUAUCUUUUUAAGUGGAAGAAUGAGUGCUUUAUUCCUAAACACCUUCUCUUUUGUACCAAAAGAAAUGGCAAGGGUCUCAUUGAGGAAGAACAAGAAUACUUUUUUUUGCCAUGGAGGUGGGAAUGAUUUGAUAAAGACUAAUGGGAUUUCUUAUGUUUUGACUAAAAGAUCACCAUCUGAUUCAUUGGCACGCAGAGACCAUAGUAACGCGUCUGAGAUUGCAGAGAAUUACAAAAUGGUGCCUUGUGCGAGAAAAUCAUCCACCUCUUUGUUGGAGAUUAAUGAUGGUAUCGGAAUUGUGAAGUUUCUAAGAGGGAAACGUUUUUUUAUAACUGGGGCAACCGGGUUUCUAGCAAAAGUUCUUAUAGAGAAGGUAUUGAGGACAGUGCCUGAUGUUGGUAAGAUAUAUGUCUUGAUCAAGGCAAAAAACAAGGAGGCCGCAAUGGAAAGAUUGAAAAGUGAAAUCAUCAAUGCGGAGCUCUUCAAGUGUCUGCAGCAAACUCAUGGAAAAUCUUAUCAAACUUUCAUGUUGGAGAAACUGAUUCCUGUUUUAGGAAACAUCUCUGAACCUGAUCUUGGAUUAGAGGAGGAACUAGCUGAAAUGAUGGCCAAAGAAGUUGAUGUAAUUGUAAAUUCUGCAGCUACCAUAAACUUUGAUGAAAGAUAUGAUGUUGCUCUGGAUAUAAACACAAGAGGACCUGGCCACCUUAUGUGCUUUGCGAAGAAAUGCAAGAGACUUGAACUCUUUGUGCAAGUAUCAACAGCUUAUGUAAAUGGACAAAGACAAGGAAGGAUUAUGGAAAAACCAUUUUGUAUAGGAGAAAGCAUAGCAGGGGAAAACAUUUCUGAAACCUCACCAACUUUUCAUCCUAAACUAGAUAUUGAAAAUGAAAUAAAUUUGUGUUUGGCUUCCAAGAAAGCUUUUGUUAACAAUGCAACCCAAAAGAUGAAACAGUUGGGUUUAGAAAGAAUAUUAAUUGAUCGGAUCAGGGCCAAAAAGUAUGGAUGGCAUGAUACUUAUGUGUUCACUAAGGCCAUGGGAGAGAUGAUGAUUGAUAGUAUAAGAGACGACAUACCAGUAGUCAUAAUCCGACCCGGAUCCAUAGAAAGUACAUUGAAAGAACCUUUCCCUGGAUGGAUACAAGGAAAUAAGCUGAUGGACCCCAUAGUUUUAUACUAUGGGAAAGGGCAGCUCACAGGUUUUCCAGCCGACCCAAAUGCGAUACUCGAUGUGGUUCCAGCUGAUAUGGUUGUGAAUGCGAUGUUGGCAGCCAUGGCGAAGCAAGGAUUCGCUGAUCGAAAACCAGACAUGAAUGUUUACCAGAUUACUUCAUCGGUUGCGAAUCCACUACCUCUUCAAGACCUGGCUAGACUGAGUUAUGAACAUUAUAACUCAUCACCUUGCAUGGACUCCCAUGGUAGGCCAAUCAAAGUUUCACCAAUGAUGUUCUUCCACUCUAUGGAAGCUUUCGAUGCUCAUCUUUGGAAAGACACCGUGGAACGAAGCAGCCGGUCAUCAGCUAUGACUUCCUCCAAUCACAACAUUGACAAUAGGUCUCCAAAACUUGAGAUGUUUCGCAGAAGAAUAGUGGAGAGAGCCAAGAACUUGGCUAAGAUUUAUGAACCAUAUACUUUCUAUACUGGAAGGUUUGAUUGCAGCAAUACAGCGACACUGAUGGAAAGCAUGUGUGAAGAAGAGAAGAUGGAAUUUGGAUUCGAUUUGGGAAGCAUAGAGUGGUCUGAUUACAUAAAAAAUAUACAUAUUCCUGGUCUGGGGAGGCAUGUGAUCAAGGGCGUAUAGAGAAAUUAAUGUUUUGCUAGCUGCCCUGAUUUGCUAUCAACCUUUUUUGGAUUCCCAGUCUUUCGCGUCUUGAAUUGAUAAAUGGUUUAAGCGCCGUUAACCAUAGCUUCUAGUUUUGUUUUUGCUUUUCCAAAAGUGGUUAUAGAAAAAUAGUUUUUUUUUUUUUUUAAUGAUUUUAAUUAGAAGUGUUUUUAAAAAUUAAAAAUAUUUUUGGAAAGUUACCUAAUAUUUUCAAAAACAACAGAUUUUGAGUUUCGAAACCUGCUUCUAUCUUCCUAAAAGCCCUACCAAAUAGGCUUUAAUGUUAGAAAUAAAGCCCAACUAUUUCUGUUCAUGGUUGGCUUUUAAUGGUUCGAAAUCAAUAUCAUCGUCCAACUAUUUCAUUUCUCACACCUAUAAAGUUGAUGCUUGGUUUUAAAGGGUUCUCCUUUUUUUAUUUUUUUAUUUUUUUUAAACAAAAAAAAUACAAAACUAGAAAAUUAAAAAU